AUGAGCAAGGAAGGACCUCCGUUGUGGGAUCAGUCCAAAAAGAAGUACAUGGAUAGGGAUGUUGCAAUAAAUCUAUGGAAGGAAGUAGCUGCUGAAUGCAACACAACAGAUAUUAUAGCACAGAAGAAAUGGAAACAUUUGAGGGACGGUUUUCGGAAUGAAUUAAAGAAAGAAUGCAAACCAAAAUUUGGGGACGCCCAAGGCUCACCAUGCAAGCCCCAAUGGAAAUGGUUCAAAAACAUGGAAUUUUGA